ACAGAGGAAAUACAUCAGACGACGGCGUUGCGGUACCAUCAGCCGCGCGAACCCCCCCCCCCCAACCUUGGAUCCUCGAACAAGAUGAGCCUCGCGACCGCAGCGCCCGCCCAGGGCCGCGGUGCAAUUCCAGCGCUAGCCGAGUCGUCGGACCCGCAGCGAGAUCCAGGCGCGACCAGCGGCGAUGCCCAGCGGGAGCUUGAGAAGAAGAAGAGGCGCAGCCUGUUCGGGUUCGGCAAGAAGAAGACGACGGAGGCGCCCGCCAAGGCCGCGCCUCCCAGCAGCAAGCCCCCGCCGCCGGCCACAGGCCGCACAACGGCGGCGUCCCCCGUCCGGACAGACCACCCCCCCUUAUCGCCCUCCUCCCCGGGCCGUCCGGGCUUCGCUUCGUCCCCGCGCCUCGCCUCGCCCGCCGGCAGCCAGAUCUUCGAGCGCGACGUCCAAGAAAGCGCCACCUCCCUAAUCCCGAGCUCCCCCGCCAUCCCCUCGCACAUCCGGACUGAGAACCACGUCCCCCCGGUCCUCGACGCCUCCUCGGAGGCCAUCACCGACGACCAUCUCAACCCCGACUCCGUCGAGAUCAUCACUCACACCUCGCACCAGCCCGCCGCCCUCGCCGUGACCGGCGGCCUCGGCCCCUACCCCGCGGCCGCGCCGACCGAGGCUUCCUGGGCCGACGAGCUCGCCGCCUUCUCCGCCUCCGACAACAACACCAACCCGGCCGCGGCCGCCACCCCAGCCACCGCCGAGACGGCGUCCAACUACGGCAGCUUCGACACCACCGACGUCCGCCGCCUCUCCUUCAUCUCUUUCGCCGACGUCGUCCUGGCCGAGCAGAGCCAGAACGAGCGCUUCUUCGGCGCCGGCGGCGGCAGCCCCUCGCGCGAGAGCACGUACCUUGCCGGCCUCUCCUCCUUCCCACACGCCGCCGCCUCGGCCUCCGCGGGGGCCAACCACCCGCGCUCCGCCUCCCCGAUCCGCUCCCCCGUCUCUUCCUCCGGCACCGGCCGCCCGGGCAGUGUCAGCCCGCCCACCAGCAAGAGCGGGUCCGUCCAGGGCUUCGACCUCUCCGCCGCCGCCGCCGCCGCCCGCGUCCGCGGCUCCUCCCCCGCCGGGAGGGCCCCUUCGUCCCUCGGCAGCCCCACCAGCCUGCUGAGCAUGCAGCUGUCGUCCCCCGGCGCCGGCGGGGGGACCGUCAACGGCGAGAUUGCCAUCGAGACCAUGACCCAGGCGCUGAGGCGGACGGGGAGCGGGGACAUGAGCAUCGGCGGUGGCGGCGGCCUGAGGAGUUUCCCGGCGAGUCCGACAAUUUGAAUCUAAUAUUCCCGGAUGUUUUCAUUCCCUCUUUUUUUUCCUGGCUUCGCCCGCUCCUCGGAAGAAGAGAGGCUCAUCAACCCCCUUAUUUUGGGUUGAGGCGGAAAGGCGGAUAGGACGAAACCGGGGGACUGGUGGGGGAAAGGUGGUGGUUUGUGUGACGAGAACCGACGGACGGCUGGCAAUUUUUUUUCUUUUCUUUCUUGAAAGAGGUCUGGCCCA